AAUUGUAUUUAGCGCGCGUCAAUUAUUUUACAGAUGUCAUGUCCAAGUUAAAUGAUGUGGAAUAUAUUGAACAAAAUUGGUUGGAUUGGUGCCGUCUAUGCGCCAACGAUGAUGCCACAAUCGAUGUGCGCCACAAAGAUGCUUAUAUGCGUAUCAUAAGCAAGUGUUUUGAUAUUGAAAUUGGACUCGAAGAGCCCGAAUUGGGUGCGAUGCUGUGCAAGGAUUGUUAUUGCUUUGUAGGCGUAUUGCUCAAUUUUGUUGAGAAUGUGAACAAGGUUCAGCCAAUCUUCGAGCUGCUGCGUCACACAGAGUCCAACGAGCAGGUGGAUGUACCUGCCCUGCGCCAUGAAUAUGGACUACAGAAUUUCAGCUCAAAGGACAGUUAUAAAAUAGAAGCACUCGGAUUUCGCGAGCAGAGCGAAGAUCUUGAGAAUCAAAUCUUUCUCCAAGAUGAUAGCUCCGAUAGCGAUAAUCCAGAUGAGGCAGCAUUAUCAGCAAUUUCAAUGCCAGCUAAAAUAAGACGUGGACGACCCAAGGGCACCAAGAAUAGACUACUCAAAGAGAGCGUCGAAUCCAACGAAUCGUCGUUUGCAUUUCAAGCCGAUUCCUGCCAUUCCGUCAAGGAGGAGAGCGUUUGGCUUAAGGAGACACUUUGGGAGGAUGACGAGAGCAGUCAGCAUAGAAAACGUGGUCAUCCCAAGUUGCCUGUUAAAACAGAAAGUGAAGAAUCCCAGGACGAGAUGGAAAUAUCUAUGAGAUCAACAGUGGAACCGGCAGAGUACUUGGAUGAAAUCCUUCCCGAUCCCAUAAAAAGAAAACGUGGUCGUCCGCGAAAGGAUCGAUUGUAUUGCAAAAAUGUGGCACUAUCAAGACUGCUGCUCGCAUCCCCCGAACCAGAGCUAGGCACAAUAAAGAGGAACAAUGACAGUGGUAAUAGGAGACACAGCGUUACUUGUGGCAUUUGCUACAAGCAGCUAAUGUCGCCGAUUGGCCUGAAAUAUCACAUAGAUCGCGUCCAUAUGAACAAGAAGCCCUUCAUCUGCGACUGCUGUGGCAAGUGUGUGAAAACCGCCUCCGAGCUCAAGGAGCACAAGCUGGUCCACACCGACGAUCGACCCUUUGUCUGUGCCCUGUGCAAUGCGGCCUUCAAAAACAAAAAGCGGCUCAACAUCCAUAGUCAGACCCAUGGCGAGCCCAGCUAUGAGUGUGAAAUUUGUGGCAAGAAGCUGCAGACACGAGCAAUUUGGAAUAAGCACAAAGUUGUCCAUACAAAUGAGCGGAGAUUUGAGUGUACAAUUUGUGGUACGGCAAUUAAAAAUUCGACAGCGUUGAAGAUUCAUCUGCUCAGUCACACGGGAUUACGGCCGUACACCUGCAAGUACUGCGACAAGGAUUUUGCAUGCGGCGCCAAUUGCAGGGAGCACAAGAAACGAAAGCAUCCCGUGGAAUAUGCAAAAGAUGAUGACAAAUCGUCGCGCAAAUCAAAUGUUCCUACUUUGGAUGAGUUGCGUGCCUUAGCUGCUGGCAUGGAGAAGGGUGAGCGACUGCGGAAGCCCCGAGCUAUGAAGUUGAAUAAAUAAAACGCAUCCGUGCAGUAUCAAU